CAUUGUACAAUUUUUUAGGUAAGCGCAUCUCAAAGAAGAAGUCGAGCUUCAAGGCAUGAUGAGUCACCAGAGUGUGAUUGAGGUCUGCCGAUUCCUCGCAUACCUUUCUUUCAGCUCGUUCCACUUUAACCUGCAAAGUCUCGCGUGACUGACACCUCGAGCAUCGUUUGAACUAAGCCCGUCCCUUACAAUGGAGUUCUUGCUCUUGCCAACUCAUCGUGGCGAUCCUGAAAAGGUUAUCCAAGUCCCAACCACUCCAUAUGUCUGCACAGAACGAUAUGAUGGCGGUUCCUGGUUGUCGUAUCCAGCUCGCAAUGGCAUGGCUGAGAGGUUCAAGGAAGGACGAUUCGAUAUCUUGGUGUAUGAACGAUACGAAAAAAAUAAUCCUAUGCCGAUCAAGGAGAAAGAAUCGUUCUUCCAGACUUGGCUGUACUUUGGACUGAUUGCAGAAUUGCUGGGAGCGAAUUCCAAAGACAAAACCCGUGACCCCACCGCGAAAGAGUUGAUCAAGACUAUCUACAAGAAGACUGUCGUCGAAGAUGGUGAUAAGAUCUCUGUCAAACUUGAUACUGCUAUUUUGGAUGAGUUCCUGGAUCUGGGAAGAGCUCGGAUGUCUCCUGAUCCUCAAGUUCGAAGAGAGCACUAUGAGCAUAUGGUACAAUGCCUCGACUGUGUCCAUAUGUUGAUUUCUACUGUUCCAAACGAUUUCAACUGGUCAGUCAAAUCGUCAAUAGCGGCUCUGGGGGAACUGUUCACAAUUAUUAUGCAGACUGUUCUCCGGGCUCUCGAGGCCCCAACCGAUUUCAGCAGGAUGUGGGGCGUGAGGUUUCUGAAUGAUGAAGCUAAAGCAUCAAUGAGGGAGCAUGGAUGGUGUAGGAGCGAUAUUGCAAGAGCUGAAGCAAAGUAUGACAAAGUCCAGACUUUGUAUAUUGCUCGAAUGCUCGACAAAUCACACCCUAUUCGAGACCACAGUCAAUGUACGGAUGCUAGUUGCUACGCACAUCAAAACAAUAUGUCUCAGUACGACGUCCAACACCAAAAACUAUCAUGCUCAUGUACGGAAUUGGUGAUGGAAGAAGAGAGCCUCCUAUCAAUGGUUCUAGAAGAAGGACACUACCCUCUGCUCAAGUUCGAAGGUCAGAUGGAUAAUCUUAGCUGCGAACCAGUGAGAUCUGGUUCCCAGCCUUAUGUUGCUAUUAGCCACGUCUGGUCUGAUGGGCUAGGAAAUGCUGAGGCCAACGCACUCCCCAAAUGUAGGCUGUAUCACCUACAAAAAUUGGUCGAUGCUAUUGCCGACGCAGAUUCAGGUACCACUCCGAACAAGAAGGAGAGAUAUCUAAUCUGGCUUGAUACUCUUUGCUGCCCUGCCAAACCCGGUAUUGGCAAGGACACAUCGAUAGAGAAGAUGAGAGUUGUCUAUGAGAAAGCCAAGUAUGUGCUAGUUCUAGAUGCAGGACUAAUGGCGUAUGAUUCUGAGAGCCAAGACUCUUCUGAAAUCGUCUUUCGAAUUUUCACUUCCAGUUGGAUGAGGCGACUAUGGACCUUGCAAGAAGCAGCUCUAGCUUCAUGUUUGUUCUUCCAAUUCGCAGACAAGGCAGUCAAUCUCGUGGAUGUGCUCAGGCGCACGUGGUCGAAGGCAGCUUCUUCUAUGCAAUAUGUAACAUUUCAACCAGAUUUGAUACGCGAGACUAAAGGUAUCGCUGCAUUCUUCCACUCUCCGACACCGCUUGAAUUCGCUGACUCGCUCGACAAUCUCGACCAUUCGCUGCAGUAUCGAGGCGUCAGCGUACCGUCUGAUGAACCUCUCUGUAUCGCAACUUUGAUGUCUCUCAAGCUAGAGGACAUUGUGGAACUUGAGACACAGGAGUUACGGAUGGCAAAAGUAUGGGACAUCAUAAUGACCAAGAAUGGCGGUAUUCCAUCUCAGAUCAUUUUCUUUGAAGAGGAGAAGCUCUCACAGCCCGGGUGGCGCUGGGCACCAAAGACCCUCCUGAAUACCCAACGCGGAAUGCGCCCUCUUAAAACGCGAGUUAUCAGAUGGAAUGAUACCAAUAUCGCUAUCCGAGAGCAUCCAUAUGGUCUACGAGUCAAAUAUCCUGGUGUUCAGAUAUUUGUGAAAUCAGACUACGGAGAUGGAAAGCCACGAAAUCCAUGGAUAGGCGCUCCACGUCUUGGAGAAGACUGGAUUCUGUACCACAGUCUAGACGACGGGCGUUGGUACAAGAUAGCGGAUACAAAACUCAUGGUCUUGAGUAGUUCCUGGAAAACCGACGAAGAACGGAGGGAACAUAACAAGCGGGAAUUAUUUCCCCUCCACGAGGUUGCAAAUACAGGGAGAAGUGUUCUCGUUCUUAACAAUCUUCCUGGAAUGAAAGAAGCAUUGUUUGCAGAGAAAACCUCGGAUAAGGAUGAUCUCGUCGAAGAAGAGGCUAUCGCCGUCAACACCAGGCUUAACACCAUUGUUCAAGAUCUUGGAGAAGAGAGCUACAUCUAUGAUGUUGUUGAGAAGCUUGCCUUGGCUGUUAGAGCAGACGAGGUCACAGACAAGCACUUGGAUCUUUGCCAAAGACUGAAGAUCGACGAAAAUACAGCGUCAGAAAGGUUCAAAGACCUGCUAGCCAAUCACGAGGAGUUCAUUGCCUCAACUGCGAGCGUAAAAGGCAAGGUGCAGGAGAAGCUCGCUCAAGCAGUUGCCGAGGACGAGGAGUUUGUAAGGCUUAUCAAUAAGUUUUGGGAUGAGUCAUACCAGAGGGAUUUUUGGGUUGUGAUUAGGAAUUUCUUUCAUCAUGAUUAUGUCGGGAAACGGACUGGUGAGCAGCAGCAGUGGUGGAUUGAUUGAGUGUCAUACCUCCAAGUGAGUAGUAGUAUGCCGCGAAUUUCGCGCCUCUCCUCGAGCCAACAAGUGUCUAAUGUGCAGUGUUGGAGAUAGGAGGGAUCAAAUAUACGUCUUUUUCCUGGUCCUCGGACUUGAGCUUUCUCUCCUUUAUAGUCUGUGCAUGUUGAAGUGAGAGAGCCGAAAAUGCGUUGACUGGGAAUGAGAAGAAGUGGCAGAACAGUUAGG